CAGCGAGAACGCGCGCAGCAGAAAGCGCGCACACACUGCGCCGUAAAAUGUCGAUAAGUGUCGCAGCGACGGCUCCGCGGGAGACAGCGGCUUCAUCCUCCAGAUCCGCGCGGGAUGCCGAGCAAGAAGAAGAAAUACAACGCCAGGUUUCCCCCGGCCAGGAUUAAGAAGAUCAUGCAGACAGAUGAAGAAAUCGGGAAAGUGGCCGCAGCAGUUCCUGUCAUCAUCUCUCGUGCUCUGGAGCUCUUCCUGGAGUCUCUGCUGACCAAAGCGUGUCACGUCACACAGUCACGCAACGCCAAGACCAUGACCACCUCACACCUGAAGCAGUGCAUCGAGCUGGAGCAGCAGUUUGACUUCCUGAAGGAUCUGGUGGCGGCGGUUCCUGACAUGCAGGGCGAGGGAGAGGAGAACCACACGGAGGGAGAGAAGAUCCCACGCAGAGGUCGCAAGCCCGGCUCAGGACGUAAGAACGGCAGAGCUGGAGCCAAAGGCAAAGACAAGAAACUCUCAGGCACUGAAUCGGAGCAAGAGGAGGAUUCAGAGGAGAGUGAGACAGACGGAGAGGAGGAUGAGGAUUCGUCUCAAACCAGCACAAACACACAGCCUGCAGUGUUCUUCCACAGGGAGGCGGCGCUGCAGUGUGUUCCCGUGAGCUCCCAGCAGGUGGCGCUGCUGCCGGCCGUCCCACACAAGAACGAGGAGGAGGACGAGGAGGACUACGACUCAUAGCUGCUCUCUUCUCUUCUCUUCUCUUCUCUUCUCUUCUCUUCUCUUCUCUUCUCUUCUCUUCUCUUCUCUUCUCUUCUCUUCUCUUCUCUCCUCUCCUCUCCUCUCCUCUUCUCUUCUCUUCUCUUCUCUCUGUGGAGCGAGGCACAGACGAGCACCUCAGCACCCCUAGCUCCUCGUCUAGAUGUGUUUUAAGUUGUUUUAAUCUUAUUUUAUGGUGCAGGAGCAGCUGAGGUGUUUGUGGAGAAGCGAGAGUCCUUCAGUUCUCCUGUGGCUCGUGUUUCUGAUGUUUUAAGCUAGUUUUAUGAUAACAGCUCGUCUGUCGUCUGGCAGUGCUGUCGUGCAGGUUUGAACUCUUCCCCGGACGAGGCACGCGUGUAUCGAUGGUUUCCUCUUAGUUUUAUGUUCUGGACUCUUUUAUUGUUUGCUGUGAAGCUGGAGAGAGUCUCGUGACUUCUCUCGUCUGUUCACUUUUAACAUGCUCUUGAUUUUGUAUGAGUGAAAUAAACUUGAGGUUUCAGUAA